AUGUCGGUCGAACAGGACCCCAGGACCUACACGCAUAUCCACUUCGCCUUUGCCAACAUUACACAAGGCACAUUCGUACCUGAAAUCACUGGCGAGACCGUUAGAGAGCAAUUCGAGAUAUUAAAUCAGAUGAAAGAUGCCAAGAGGAUCAUGCCCUUUGACAGAUGGGAUUUCGGCAAGAUGCCAGGCACAUACUUCAUCUUGCGCCAGGGUGUACAGCCUGCCAAUCGCGAGCUAUUCACGAAGAACAUUGUUGCAUUCAUUGAAGAACACGAACUGGAUGGUGUAGAUAUAGACUGGGAAUAUCUUGGGCUCGUGGAGAAGUUGUCCAACCGGGACCCCUUUCCUCCAGAAGGCGCGCAAAGGCGUAACAUCAUUGCCGAGAAGCCAACGCCUGCAGGACCGUCGGGGCCCGUACCUAAAAAUCAGGACCCGGUGACACAUAGCAGUGAUAUCACAUGGCAAACUUGGAAACUCACUAUUUGCACCGUUUCGAAUGGCGGCAUGUCCACAAGUGAUAUCCAGCUCCAAGCUGGUGCCAUCUUCAUUUGA